CGCGUUGUUUAACUGUGUCCGAGUCUCCCCAGCUCCAGUUGGAGUGAGGAGGGCCUAACCUCCGCUCGCUCUCGAGGCGUUGAGGACUUUGGAAAUCUCAGAAUGGCCAGACUCAUACAACCUCCUCCCAAAUUCCUGCCCUCAGAAUGGCAAACCAUUAACAAGAACCAUUACCACAAGGCAGAGGCCCAGAGGUGCCGAUCUGAGCGCCUGGUGGUUGAAAGCCAGAGGCUUGUGGAAGAAAUCAAUAAGAGCACAAGGAGAUCUCAGUGUGAUUCAGACAAGAAACUUGAACAGAGACUCCAGGAACUCAAGUUCUGGAGGCAGGAGUUGGAAGACAAACUUCAGCAGCUUGUGCACGAAACUGAUGACUUGCUCACGUAUAAAACCCGGCUGGAAAAAGCCCUAAAGAGCUUUAAAGAGCCACUGCAGAUCACUGAGAUGUGUCUAGCCUACAGGGAGAAGCGGGUGGGCACCGACCUGGUACACGACGAGGUGGAGCAGGAGCUGCUGAAGGAGGUGGAGAUCGUGCAGGGUGUGAUGUCGCUGCUGACCCGUACGCUGGAGGAGACCACAGAGCAGAUCAGGCUCAACCGUUCUGCUAAGUACAAUCUGGAAAAGGAUUUGAAGGACAAAUUUACAGCCUUGACCAUCGAGGACAUCUGCUUCUCGAUCAACAACAACUCACCAAACAUCAGAUAUUCCGAGAAUUCCCUGAAGGUUGAACCCAACUCCGUGAGUCUGGAGGACUGGCUAGAAUUCUCCAACACCAAUGUGGAGAAGGCGGACAAGCAGCGCAACAACUCCCUGGCCCUGAAAGCCAUGGUGGACCAGAUCUUGUGCCAGACAGCCAAUGACCUGCGCAAGCAGUGUGACUUGGUGGACACAGCAUUCAAGACUGGCCUCAAAGCAAUCAAGGGAGCAAGAGACAAGCUGUCUGAUCAUCUGACCUUGGUCAUGGAAGAGAUUGCUUCCCAGGAGAGAAAUAUUGCAGAUCUUGAAAAAGCCAUUCUUGACCAGGAAGGGCCUGCCAAGGUGGCCCACACGCGCCUGGAGACCAGGACCCACCGGCCUAAUAUAGAGCUGUGUUGUGAUGUUGCUCAGUAUCGGCUGAUUCAGGAAGUGGAUGAGAUUGCCUGCAAUAUUGCAAGGCUUAAGGAGUUCCUGCACCAGGCCAGGGUGGAGCUGAAGGGGCUGCACCAGCGGCAGCUGGCCCUGCAGGAGGAGAUCCAGGUGAAGGAGCAUACCAUCUACAUCGACGAGGUGCUGUGCAUGCACAUGCGGCAGUCCAUCCCGCCACGCGAUGGCGAGGAAAAGGGCAGCUGGGCCGGGGGCAUCCGCCCAGACGCCGUUUGCUCCUAGGGCGCCACGUUCCCAUUAAACCACGUUCCACAUCCACA